AUGACUGAGCUCACCCGUACUUUGCCAGCAUCCUGGUACUGCAACGAGUCGCUCUACAAGAUGGAGCGUCGAGCAGUUUUUGAUAAAUCUUGGUAUCUGCUUGGACCAGUGACCAGGUUUCAGAUUGUCGGCGAGCAGGUCGAAUAUGAAGUUGCGCAACAGCCAAUUUAUGCUGUUCGAACUUCUGGCCAGGGUCUAAACCCAACUGCCGAAGAGCUCAAGGUCUUUCACGCAAAGACGGGAAAAGAGGUGCAAAAGCAUGUGACUCCAACUGGUCUUUUAUUCUCGACCAUCACAGACAAUGCGCCAAGCUUCCAUGAAUUCUUCCCUGAACUGGAGGAGUUGCUUGCCAAGGUCGACUUUACCCGUCUUCCGUACCGUCGCAGCAUCAAGUAUGAGGGACGGUUCAACUGGAAGACCAUGGUGGACGGUUAUCAGGAGUGUCUGCACUGCCAGUACACUCACCCGUCAUUUUCCAUCUAUUACCCGCCGACCUUCUACACAGUCCGCAACAAGCACAACUUCUCGCAGCACAUUGCGGACCCCAACAAGCCCGAUGACGGCCUGUUCCUGUAUUUCUUCCCUAACUGCACGCUGAACGUGUAUGGCGGCGGCAUGUCGUCUUUCCGUGUGUGUCCGACCGCCGAUCCGCAUGUCACUCGCAUGGAAUUCGACUACUACCAUCUGGCCGAGGGCGACAAAUUUGAAGAAUACUUCAAGUUUGUGCGCCAAGUUGCGAUGGAGGACUUUGAGCUCUGCGAGAAGGCCCAGGACAACUUGGCGAAGGGCGUUUACCACGAGGGCAUUCUGAACCCAGACAAAGAAAACGGCGUUUCUUACUAUCAGCAACGUGUGUUCCAGAUGGUGUGCGAGCAGCACGAAGCCGAUCGCAAAAAACAGGGCGACGGAGCGGGCCUGGAGGAGCGAGUUACCCGCUCGAUGGUUCAGAUGGCAGCGUGUAGUGCAAAAAUCGCGAUUUAG